GUUUGAACUAUAUUAAAAUAUAAUUAUCUUAAUUUAAUUUAUAAUCAUAAUUUUAAUAAUUUAUAAUAAUACAAUGAAAUAACAAGUAAAUUAUAUUUUUGAUUGGAUUAGUUUGAUUUUUAUUUCUUUAUUGUUAAAUAAAUAUAAUAAGAAAAUAUUCGAUAGUAUGUUUUUUUGAUUUAUUCUAUGAGAUAAUUUGUAAAAAAUGGCUUCCAAUACUUCUCAAAUUGGAUUUGUUAAAACAUAUGGGAAACCAAGGCGAACUCAAUUAUUAAGUGAAACAGCAAUAUGGAAUGAUGAUCUAGUUGACGAUUUUGAUAAAUGCUUAGGAGUUGAACAUGAUCAACAGACUAUAUUUUUAUCUCCUGAACCUAGUGGUUUUGAAUCGUUUUAUAAACCUAAAAAGCAAAACGAUAAAAUUGAUAAAAUGAAAACCAUAGAUGGUUGGUCAUCUCGAUUGCAAUCAACUUUAAAUUCUAAAAAAGGUCUUUCAACUGUUAAAAAAAGGAAUCAAUACAGUAAUUCUCUAGAGAACAAGUACAAGAAAUACAAGUUAUAUGGGAGUGCAGAAAAAAAAAGAAAACUUUAUCAUUCUAGUAACAACUCUUUGAACUUAGAAUUAACUCAAAAUACUUGUUCACAUUUGCAAAAAAAGUUAAAAAAGAAAUUUAAAAUCCCAAAGAAUCAAUGUUCAACACCUUUACAAAAACCAUUACAUUUAGUCAAUAAAAAUACAACAAUUUUAAUGUCUACUGAUAAAAAGAAAGAAAUGAAGUCUAUAAAGAAUCUAAGUAUUCCAACAUAUGAUAUAUCUUGCUCUCCGGAAUUAUUUAAAAAAAGAGACUACUCUGCCUGUAGUCCAGCAAUACUUUUAAAGAAAUCUUAUAAAAAAUCUCAUUUUGAUGAAUCUAUUCAAAUAUCAGAUUGGCACGGAUUACUUAGAAUUAAUAACAAAGAGAAUUUUAAUUCAAAAUUGAAUUUGACUUAUGAAGCUGUAACAAGUAAUCAAAACUGUUAUAUUUUACCUAAAACCAAUAAAAUUAACUCAAAAAAUAAGAAAAAUAAGAAAAAUGCAUCUAACAUCAAAAGGGAUACAUCUUCUGACUGGUUCCACAAAGUAAUGAACACACUAAAUAGUGAUUUUGAUAGCAAACCAAAUUUACAAGAUACAAGUUAUUCAUCAGACUUAAAAUUAAGUCCAAAAUUAAAUAUUACUCCAAAUAAUAUACUGACUCCUUCAAAUAUAAUAAAUAAAAAAGUUAACGAAAAAAACAAUUCACCGGGUACCUCCUUGUCACCACAAUGCAUAAUUUCAAAUAUUUAUACGAAAAUAAAUUCAUCUAAAAUUAUACAAACUCCAAGUGAAAAAAAAAUACAUAUUGAUUCUGAUAAAGAAGAAGUGGAUUGUAGCUCACAUGAUGGUCUUAAUGUAGAAAAUCUUUCUAAAUAUUUAGAAAAUUCCUUGAAUAUUUCAUAUUCCCUUUUAAUUAGUAAUGAUAUUUUUUCAAAGAAUUACUCAUUAGAUGAUUCGCCUAAAUCAAAUGGUGAUAUAACUGUUUUAGAUAAAUUUCAUAAUUCAGUUGAAGAGUUAAUUGAAUGUACUGAAUUAAAAAGUAAUUUAUUUAUAGAAAAAAAGAAUGAUUCAACAGUAAGCUAUGAUGAUAAUCAAGUACUUGAUUUAAAUUCAUUAGAUAAAUCAAAUAAAAAUAAUAAUUUGCUUAAUGUAUCUUCAAUUCCAUAUAAAUCAUGUGAUUUAGAUAGUACUAGACUAAAUAGUGAUUUGAAAAGUUAUCUUUCUACUAAUUCAAAUGUAACAGUCAGUUCAAUAUCUAAGAUAUCAAAUGACAAUGAUUGUUUUAACACAUCUAAUGUACUUUUACAACAUAAUACAUCUGUAUUAUUAAACUCUAGUCAAUCAGCCAGAAUAUCAUCUUUUAAAAAUAAUGUUUCAAUAAAUAGUUCAAGAUCAUCAUUUCACUCUUCUAGUUCUGAGCAAAAUACUAUCAUUGAAAAAAAUGAAUUGAUUGACCAAAUUUUGAAAUCUGUUGUACAACGUGAAGAUCACCAAGAUUUAUCAUUUUUGACUUUACCAAUAUUGAAAAAUAAUCAACAAUCUUUAGAUGUAGAUAAUGAAACUUUAAGUAUUAAUGACUUGAGUCAAAAUAGAAUAUACACAAAAGAAAACACUCAACAUAAAUCAUUAAGUCAAAACUUGUCUAACUCAUGCAAUACUUCUAAUAAUAUUUUCCAAAACAAUAAUCAAAUUACGUCAAGUUAUAAUUUAGAAAUUAGUCCAUUUUACAAUGAUAAACCAAAAAAAUUAUCUCGUCAAUCGAGUCGCUUUUUUAAUGUAAAUGAACGAAGAUUAGAUAAUUUUUCUAGUAAUUGCAAUAAUCAAAAGUCAAAUAAUAAUGACAUAAAUACAUCUUAUAGUUUAUGGGAAGAAGAAUGUCAUAAUUUUAGUUCUAAUAUUAAUCAAAAUAUAUCAAGACAUAAACGAUAUGCUGGGCGAUAUCAAAAUAAUUUUAAUAUGUUAUCGAUUAAAGAAUCUUUAACGGAAGAUACUAACAACCAAACAUUGAAUGAGAAAUAUUUAGAUAAUUCUCAACCUAUUUGUUCACAACAAAAUCUUCCUAAUUUUCGAUUAGAACCUGGCAAAAAAUGGAGGCGUUCUAUAUUAAUAAUGCGAAGUUUCAUUGAUGGUAGUAUAGAUCAUACUAAUCAUUUUACUCAAAAUAGAAAUAAAGGUCGUAAUUGGAAUUCUACUGUUGAUAAUGUAUUGCACCGUCAAUCAAUAGACUCCAGUAUUUAUGAAAUUAUAAGUCAAAAUAGUAUAAUGAGAUCAUCUAUGUGUCAAUUUAGUCAAAUUCAUUCUCAAUUUAAUUCUACCGGAAUACAAGAAGAUUAUGCCUCUGAAUAUAUAUUUAAUAAAUGUGGUCAAUCUGAACCAAUAGUCUUUGAGGAUUGGAUUUAUUCAAAAGGUAGAAAAAUGUGGAAGAAAAUUGGUGAAGGUGUUUACGGUGAAGUUUUUAGUUAUUCAGCAAACAGGAAAAUCAUUGUAGUUAAGAUUAUUCCUAUUCAAGGAGAUACCUUAAUUAACGGUGAAAAUCAAAAAAAAAUGAAUGAAGUUUAUUCUGAAAUACUUAUAGCCACAGAAUUAAACAAAUUGUAUGAAAACUCAAGAAAUCAUACAAAAACUUUUUGUAAGCUUAAUAGUAUUUCUUGUGUCAAAGGAAAAUACCCACAACAACUACUUUCACUAUGGAAAAAAUAUGACAAUGCCAAAGGUUCUGAUAAUGAUUGUCCAAGUAUACUACCAGAUAAUCAAAAUUACAUUGUGUUGGAAAUGGAAGAUGGAGGAAUAGAUUUAGAAAGUUUCUUGUUUACUUCAGCAAAUCAAGCACUCCAUGCUAUAUUACAAGUCCUAUUUGCAUUGGCAGUUGCUGAAAAUGAGUAUAAUUUUGAACAUAGAGAUUUGCAUAUUGGUAAUAUUUUAAUUAAAAAAAUUAGUACUAAAAAACAAAUGUAUAGAUUAAAUGAAAUUGAAUAUUCACUUCAAACUAGUGGUAUCAAGGCUUCAAUCAUUGAUUUUACUCUUAGUAGAAUUACAUAUAGUGGAAAACAAAUUUAUAAUAAUUUAAGUAGUGAUCCAGAAUUAUUUACAUCAUAUGGCGAUUAUCAAUUUGAAAUUUAUCGCAUGAUGAAAGAAGAGACAAAUGAAGAAUGGAGUUCAUUUAAGCCAAAAACAAACAUUUACUGGAUGCAUUAUGUACUAGAUAAAUUGCUUGUUUCUGAAAAUUAUAAAAAUACUAAUACAAAUAUUCACAAGCGUGGUAAAUUGUGCUUACAACAGCUAAAAGAAAAUAUUUUAUCAUUUGACAGUGUGCAAAAGUUUGUUGAGAGCCAUUUUAUUCAGAAUAUAGUGAAUUAAAAGUAGCUAUAAAUUAAUAUUUAAACAAUUUGUGUUCAUUAUUUAAAUUUAAAAAUAAAAAUUAUCAUCUCAAAUAUAUAUACAUUAAUAUUUAGUUACACUAUAUAUGUUUAUAUUAUGUGUUGUAAGUUACAGACAUAUAAUUUAUAUUAUGUUUUAUGUUCCAUUUAAUGAUAUUUUUAAAUACUUAUUAUUUAUCAAUUAUUAUUAUAAGACUGAAUGACAAUACCAAAACUGUAAAUUUUUGUAUAAAAAUAUGUUAUAAUUUUUAGUUAUAUUAUAUUUAUAGUAUCUACCCAAUUGUUUAU